AUGGCCGAGACAAUCGAGAAGCUGGGUUACUGGGCGCAGUGCCUGGGCCAGAUAUUCCUUUCACACGAGGGCUUUGACGUGAGUAUCGAGAGCCCCAGGCCUACCCCUAGCGAGUGGGAAGUGUGGUCCCCCUACCAGAAACUCAUGAUCUCGCACCAACGGGGACCCUUCCUUGUGUUCAUGGUGGCCAACCCGGGCUCCUGGCAAGAACUAGAACAUAGCCUCUUCCAACAAAUGAUGGCCCUGGGCGAGACCCCUUGGAGUAGGCGCCGCGGCGUCAUCGCGAACGGAGUUCUCGUUCGAUUCUACCACUUUCAGGAUCCCAGGUCCCUGAUUCUUCGAGCAAUAGGUGAUCCAUCGAACAAUUAUUUCGAAGAUGCAAAGGACAAGGCAGACAUCGAGAAGCGAUUGACAUUCUACAAGUUGGCAGCUCAAAGAGAGUGGCUUAGCCAGAACACGUCAUCGCCGUGA